UCUCUCUCUCUCUCUCUCUCUCUCUCUCUCUCUCUCUACUCUCUCCAUAACGAAGAUCAUCUUCAAGAUAAUCCUUCUCUCUUCCUCUAUUGCCCUAAAGAUUCCUCUCUCUGACAUAAUCCCAAAAGAUCUAUCUUCUUGUUCCCUUUCGUGUGAAUUUACGAAACCACGAAGAAGUCAGCACCUGGAUCUUGUUUGACUCCCCUGCUUUAGCUCUCUCUCUCUCUCUCUCUCUCUCUCUCUCUCUCUCUCCCCAUUACCACUUGCAAAUGCGGGCAAUGCCAGAGAAAUUUAUUCACUGGUUUUGAUAGGAAUCUCCGUCUGAGGAGUUUCUCUCAUCUGGGUCGGCCAUUUUCCCUGGAAAGAUCCUGACUUUCUCGGAAAAUCUCGAGUUUUGAAGGAAAGUUUCGGCCUUUCCCGAAGAAAUCAGAGGAAGAGGAAUCGCCGAAGAGCUUGAUUUUGGGAUUUGCCUUCUAGUUUGAAACAUGCCAGAGGGGAAUCUUAGAUCAGGCGUUUACAGAUCGUUCAUAAUGUGCGAUGAUCCAAGAGGAGUUGUCGAGUCUGGAGCCAUCAGAAAGAAGAAGAUCCAAUGGAAAGGGAAAGAACAGAGAGGGGGAACGUGCGAGGAGAAAGCCGAAAUGCUGAAGAAGAUGAGCCUUGAAACCCAUUUCGAGUCUUCACCUGAACCUUCGUUGCAGCUCUUGAGGGUGUCGAGAGGAAUUCAGAAACUGAACGAGGCAAUCGAGUCUUGGUCCAGAGGGUUGAGCCAUGAAGUGAGGCCUGACCAAGUUGCUAAAGAUCUGUUAAGAGGAGCACUCGACUUGGAAGAGUCAUUAGCUUUGCUCGGUAGGUUUCGAGAAGAUUCUUCCGAGGAUAUGAACCCGAAACCGAGGAGUAGUGGCCACGGGACAGGGGAAAGAAACGAUAUGAGGUUUCGGAGAUCAAUGUCUGAUAGAUUCGUGGAGCAAAACCGGGAGAAAGUGGCUGAGAGGAGGAGGAUUCAGGACGGGGUUUCGUCACGAGAUUGUUAUGAAGAGCUGAGGAAAGUGAUCAGAGAAAGCUUUGCCCGGCAAAACCUUUUGCCCAGGACAGCAGAGGGAACGAGCUCAACGAGCCGCUCGAGCCAAUCUUCCAAUGUCCAUGGAAAUGAUUCUGGUUCUACAAAAUCCUCCUCCUUGUCAUCAGAUAUUCCACCCAGUAAUAGCGUUAAAGGUCCAAAUUUGAUCGCCAGGCUUAUGGGUUUGGACGGAUUUCCUGAAGAACAUGCGAAAAGAACCGUUCAUAUCGAUAAACCAGCGAUCAAGAAGCCACCAUCCGAAGGUCCAGAAGCUGUAAGAAUCAACUCAGUGAAGGAAAUCUCUUCACGAUCUCCACCACCUUAUCUUCUGAACAAUUGUCGCCCUGAAGAGAUUCCUCCCUCAACUAUUGUGCUCAUCAAACCUAUGCGCGAUCCGCUACCCGAAACAGAAGGAAAAGUGAAAAGCAAAAUGCCCGUUGUACCCAAGAAACCGAGUAUGAAAGGAGAGGUUCAUCCAAGAAUGAUUAGUCAAAGAAAAGAUCGGGCCACGGGUCCUACUAAAACAAGCAACAAAACGAAACUACCGUUUGGUCUGACCGUGAAAGACACAGAUAUGAAGAAAACAGCAAGGAAACCCGACGAGAAAGGAGCAAAUAAGACUAAGCAAACAACUACUGGAAAUAUCAAAACCUCGAAUGCUGCAAGCAAAGCUCUAAAGCCGGUGGUGACCGAUAAAACUGUGGCCAAGAAGAAGGAUAACAAGUCCAAUAAUUCGUCUGAGACUUCAACUAGACGGCGUUCAAAGUUGGAUUCAAACCCUACUGGAGAACGGAAACAGAUACGAGCAAGGAAGGCCGGAGAGACGAAUAGACUAAACGCAAAGAAGAACCCUCGUAAAAAAGACAAUGCAGGGAAGGAUCGUUCUUCCGAUAAUGAUUCUAUCUCUUCUCGUGAGACAAAUAUAUCGGUAAACCAGGCUUCUGCAGAGGAGGAAACCACAUCUUCUGAGCUUCACCUUCAAGGCCAUGGCCAUGACGAGAAUUCAGAAACUUCUACGGUUUCCAAACAUCACGAAAUCGAGAUCCCGCUGAAAUCGUUCCUCUCCACCUCUCCAGAUUUCCUCAGCUACGCCGAGGGUCUCUUCGACAUAAGGGCAUCUCCAAAAUCCACCAGAAACGGCAACAGCAUUGUGAUUUCCGACCAAAGACUUGUGCUUGACUACGCAAAAGAAGUAAGCCUUCAACUUUCGCGGAAGACAUGCCCUGAAAGACACCGUGUAUCCAUGGAAGAGCUGUUAAUGGAGGUCUGCAAUGGCUUCGAGGCUCUGAGGGGCUACAGUAACACGUUGUCAGGACAAAACUGCAUUGGCGAAGACAGUGUUCAGAAGAUGUUGGAGAAGGAUUUAAAGGGUACGAGGAAGGCAGAGAUGGUGAGUGGAGUUUGGGAUUUGGGUUGGAGAAAUGGGUUUCGCGCUGACGAUACUCAUCGAGUUGUGAUCGACGUUGAGAAACUGAUUCUCUUCGGUUUGAUAGAAGAGAUGCUGUCUUGAUCUUUUUGGUCUUACACAUAUAUAUACAUAUAUAUAUAUAUAUAUAUAUAUCAGUUUAAGGUAUAUGACAAGUAUUGACUCUCCAUGUAACGUACGGCCUUUCCUCUGAGGUGGGUAUUGUAAGAAAUUGAGCCGAAAACUUUUCCCCUUA